AUAAACGGCGUCGGGCGCCGCAGUCGCGCGCUUGCACUCUCAGCGGUGAGCGGAGUUUGUAACGUGCGUAAUAGCUCCCAAACGUCUUUUGGCCUGUUUCGUUUCGAUCGUUCCGUAUACAGUGGUGGCACGUUCACGGUUUUGUGUCCCCGUCAUCGAUUCCCGUGCUCGUGUAUACCGUGUUGGACAGAGAUAGAGAUAGAAAGAGAGAGAGAGUAACAUAAAAACGAGUGUGUGAGUAAGAUCCGUACACGCGAGGAGAGGUAUCCAACGUCGCUCCCCUUUCACCGAUACGCACGUUCGGUAUCUGUGUGUGUCGUCGACGGAGCAAGAGAGAGAGAAAGAGAAAAAAAUACAACCAGGGAAUCGACGAGAGAAGCAGACGAAAACGACGCGGACGCGGGUCGCCGUGGUUUCGCGAGGCGAGGCCGGGCCGAACCGAACCGGUGUCGACGACUUCGUUUCGCGGUGCGUUUCACGUACGACAGACAAGCUACGAAGCAAAGUUUCUUAUUGAAUUAACCAGUGACGUGUGCUACACGUGUAUUAAAUACCCAGUGUGCAAGUGUUUCUCUUAAAACGGUCUGCCCGCCAAAUUAGAAGGUACCGUGUGUCGGUAGCAGACCACCAACGGUUCAUCGUGUAACACCUCGUUAUAUGGUGGUGGAGGUUGAUUACCAUCGGGUGGAGGGCGGCUGCAGGGCCCAGGGCGAUGUGGCUUGCAAGUGGGAAAACUCGAGGAGGUGAUAACGACUUCUGACCUUCCGUGAGAGCGUGUACCGUGGCGUAGAGGGCCUUGCCAUCGAUCGUCAAGUAAAAGGCUCACCAUUCGGAAGAAAACGAAGCAGAAGAGUAGAACGAAGACGAAGAAGAAGAAGAAGAAAAAGAAGAAGGAAAUACAACAACGACGAAGGAGAAGAAGCAACGGAGAAGGAGAGAGUGAGUGAGGCGAGCUCUAGGGGGGACAGAGGAUCACACACGUGUUCUUUGGAAAGAGAAGGGAAAAAGGGGGUUGAAAAAAAAAGGCGGGAGAACCUUGAAAAGUAGUCCCUUCCCCAUUGGCGAGUUCACCGGACAAAUACAAAUACACACAUACACGAUAUAAUAAUACACAUAUACAUAAAACAUUCUCUCCACAGCGGGAUCGCUGUCUACGUUUAAACAAAAUAAAAAAAAAAAAAAAAAGAACUUCUACCUUGAGAACAUAUACCUCGUGCGUACAAGUACCUUCAAACUUAACCUCUUUCGCAGCGCAAUAGUGCCUAGGCCCCUCUGAAGAAAAUAAUAAUAAUAUUAUAUAUAAUAACGUCGUUAUAAUAUAUAUUAUAUAUAUAUUAUAUAUAUGUAUAAUAUAUAUGCAGUAAGAAAGAAGAGAGAAGGAAAACAAAUUUAAUGAACAGAAACGACGAGAAGAGUAUAACGUUUUAAUUAUAUAUAUAUAUAUAUACACACACAUAUAUGUAUAUCUUCAGUCAACAACGAACGGACAAGUCACAUAUGUACACGCACCACAUGUACAUGCUCUUCGUGACCGUCGUUUGUAUGGAUUGAAAGCAGUAAGUUUUGCAGACUUGUUUGGACACCACAUACCGGUGAGAGAUCAGUACUGUCAUCCUGAUUGACAGAGGAUCUUAUCAGGAAAUUGUCGAUGAUAACGGUACCUCCACAAUCCUCCAACCCUCUAAAGCCCUUUUAAUCGAUUCUACGAACCAGGACAGCGAAGUACCUGCAGACACAGAUAUAUUUAUAAGAAUAAUUUAUAUGGAUCAUAGAAGUGUAAUUACCGAUACUAAAUAAUUAACGAGGAGGAUAGCGGUAACAGCUAAGGGCAAAGAGAAUAAUAAUUAUUAAAUAUUGAAUAUAAUAAUAACGUAAGCUGCUAAUCGAGAGAGAGAGAGACGUAGAGGAGAGGAGACAAAGAAGGGAGGAAGAUUGUACAAGAGGAGUGUGAACGCUUAAAUAAUUUUACACGCGCUACGGUUAGAGUACUUCUACUUUGCGAUUAAUCUACUCAGCGAUUGUGGGGCCUGUUCUACGUAUAUAUCAAGAUACCUCAAAGAAGUAACGGGCAACGAUUCGAUUCGAUCAGCAUGCAUCUGGAGGCGAGUUUCGAGGCGCGUGUCAAGAUGCGGUAGAAGAAAUUCCUCGAGAAGAAUCGACGACGCUGUCCAGAAGAAAGCGAGACUCGAGUCGUGCCCGUGCGUGAUACACAGGACAUAAGCACGCGCAUAAUAUCGGUUCAAAGCGACAACCAUAAGAUUAAGAAUCAUCAUAAGUAGUAUCCUUCAGUAAUAACCAGUAGAGGGUGAGCCAUCUCAAAACACAGGGGCUAUACAUCCCGUACGAGUCAUAGCCUCUGAUAAACAGAAACCACUGCCUGCCCUAAGUGUCCAAGUCUCGAAUCAUUCAGGAGACUCGUCGCCGUUUGGAUCAGUCGAUCCAGGACACUAGACAUCAAAGAUUCAGAGCAAAAGUGACCCUGUAGACACCCAGGAAGACAUCCCACGAGAUCUCUAGGGGUACGUGGACAGUGGUGAGCAGAGGAGCCGUCACGGUGGCCAGCUUAGUGAGCGGCAACGUAGCAGUGCGUUACGAUGAGGCGUCGGGAGUGGUUGGCACGGGGGGUGUCGUGUUGGCAGCCACUUCCAGGUUAGCCACAGCGGAUCCAGCCACCUCCAGCAUGGACACCAGCGACUCCAGCAUGGACACGACGAACGGAGGCUCGAGCACCGGCGUGGCCGGGGUGCCGGGCGUCGGAACGAUCGCCUCGGUGGUCGCUGGAGCGGCGUCCUUGACGCUGGUCAAGGCCGAGACGCCGGAACACUUGGCCGGCACGUCGACGACGCCUUCGUCGGUCACCGGACCUGUGACGACGGCCGCAGGUCUGUUCGCCGGCAUCGUGAGCGCCAACAAGACUCCGAGACCGGACGACUGGCUGUCCACUAAUAGUCCUGGGUCCCCGACGGCUGCGCUGCAGAGUCAACACGUGGUCUACACGACUCCGCAGCAACAGCUGACCGAUUCGCAGCAACCGCCUCUGGCGCACUCCAGCCCCCUGGCGCAUCAGCAGCCAUCCAACAGCAACAACGGAUACGCCAGCCCCAUGAGCACCAGCAGCUACGAUCCUUACAGUCCCAACAGUAAGAUAGGUAGGGACGAGCUGUCGCAGCCUGGCUCCUUGAACGGCUAUGGAAGCAGUGGAGGCGGUGGUGGAGGAGGCGGAGGAGGUGGCGGAGGCGGUGGCAGUGAUGGCUGCGACGCCAGGAAGAAGAAAGGACCCACGCCGAGACAGCAGGAAGAACUGUGCCUCGUCUGCGGCGACCGUGCCUCCGGGUACCACUACAACGCGCUGACCUGUGAGGGUUGCAAAGGCUUCUUCCGGCGCAGCAUCACGAAAAACGCGGUUUAUCAGUGUAAAUACGGGAACAACUGCGAGAUCGACAUGUACAUGCGGCGCAAAUGUCAGGAAUGCAGGUUGAAGAAGUGUUUGACGGUCGGCAUGAGGCCAGAAUGCGUCGUGCCCGAGUACCAGUGCGCCGUCAAGCGUCAGGAAAAGAAAGCACAGAAGAGUACGAAUGUUUCAUUGCAGGAGAAGGACAAACCGAACAGUACAACGAUGAACGGUUCUCCGGGCAGUGGAAUACGCGCCGAGCCUAUGGGCGUGAAGAUCGAGCCAGCCGAGGCCGAAUCGUUGUCCACGUCCGGAAGCAGCGGCAUCCUAACGCCGGUCAGCCCUUACGGUUACGUGAAACCGAUCAGUCCGGAACAGGAGGAGCUGAUACACAGGCUCGUGUACUUCCAGAACGAGUACGAGCAACCCAGUGAAGAGGAUCUCAAGAGGAUCACGAAUCAGCCCUCAGAAGGAGAAGACAUUAGUGACUACAAAUUUAGGCACAUCACCGAGAUCACGAUCCUGACGGUGCAGUUGAUCGUCGAGUUCUCGAAAAGGUUACCUGGCUUCGAUGAGCUGAUGCGAGAGGAUCAGAUUGCACUUUUGAAGGCCUGCUCCAGCGAGGUGAUGAUGCUUCGGAUGGCGAGGAAGUACGAUGUGCAGACGGACAGCAUAAUAUUCGCCAACAAUCAGCCAUACAGUAGGGAGAGCUAUAACCUGGCGGGUAUGGGGGAAACGAUCGAAGAUUUGUUACACUUCUGCCGGCAGAUGUACGCCAUGAAGGUGAACAACGCCGAGUACGCGUUGCUGACCGCCAUUGUUAUAUUCUCAGAAAGGCCAAACCUGCUGGAAGGUUGGAAAGUGGAAAAGAUCCAAGAGAUCUACUUGGAGGCGUUGAAGGCGUACGUGGACAAUCGGCGCAGGCCAAAGUCCGGCACGAUCUUCGCGAAACUGUUGUCCGUUCUGACGGAGCUGAGGACCCUCGGCAAUCAGAACAGCGAAAUUUGCUUCAGUCUGAAGUUCAAGAACAAAAAGCUGCCACUUUUCCUCGCCGAGAUCUGGGACGUGACACCUUAGUUUGCCCGGUGAACAACCGAUCGUCGGCUGAAUCCUUGUUUCAUCGGUCCGCAUGACGUUGUCGAGGGGACUACGCUGGAGUGCAGCAGCAUCAUCGAGACCCAGACGUGAAGAAAACGUGGACACGUAAAGAGAUAGAAAGAGAGACAGAGAGAACUCCUGUACUAGUGCACCACCAUGCCACUGCCUGAACGUGUCAGCGAGUCGACCGGUGUCUCAGGAGCACCGGUUCGUACAAAAAUUCGCUUCUACUCUCAACUUUUGCUCGAGGUGUACCCCGUGGCACCUCGGCAUCGUGAAAUGUUGCACGAGUUCACGACAGGUACAGCCCGAGGAGGCUGCGAUAAAUGGUUAGAACAAAGGCAGUGGCGAGGCACCCAGGCUGUGAUACGUAGAGACAGUACAGAGACUGUAAUAAGGAGCUACCUACAGUUAUGUUAUUACUAUAUCCUCUUACCUGGCUACCCCCGGAAUCGAUAUGUAAAUGUAUAAUGUAUAAUGUAUAAGGUAUCGACUAAGGCGAGCGUGUUGUACGAGCAGAUCGAGCGAGUACGAAUCUAAUUAAGAGCUAAGGACGCAGAAUGUAUGUGUGCAGAUGAAAGAAUGAGCGUGUGUAAACGGUAUGCGUGCGGCAAUUCGGCUGAGAUGUGACCACAAAUGAUGAUGAUGAUGAUGAUGGAGAGAAAGGAUUAAUCGCACCGUAGUUUGUGGAAAAGGAAGUAUAGAAAAGAGUACAGGCGGGUCAGCUGUUGAGCAGCGAACUCAGCCAACAUACGAAUCGAGUGCGAAUUAACAAAGAAAAAUAAUUGAUGAUGAUGAUAUAACAGAUGAUACGAUUAUACAUAAUGAUACCAUAGAGUCUAUAUCACAACACAUAGCAUAAUAAUAUAUUGCUAGCAUGUACACAUUGUUUAUACGUGAUGAGGGAAGAGAAAGAGCGCGAUAGGGAACGAGGAGAGGAUGGAUAAAAAUGGCGGAAAGAAACGGGGGGUUAAUCCGCGACGAGGCUUGGCAUUUGCGCGUAUCCGGGUUUUCUUUUUUCGCGAACUGUGCGUGGCAAGUGGAAAGGUAAAUCGAGAGAGAGCGAGAGAGAGAAAGAGAGAAUAAGCGUUAGUAGCAACCGUAGGAAGUUAAGUAAAAAGUAAAAGUAAGCGAGGCUAGUUGGUAGUAGGUCGUAGUAAGUCAGUGAAGCUAGGCUAGGUGGACCGAGUUCAAGUGCAAAGCCUUGUGCCUUCAGCAGCGGACAUCGGCUCACCGACAAACGAAAGCAUGAAAUUUAACCGUCCGUUUUAAUUUUUUAAUAAAAAAAAAAGAAAAGAAAAAUCAACAAAAUCAAGUAAAAUAUUGUAAAUCUGUGCAGAGAGAGAAUGAGAGAGAGAGGGAGAGCAUGAUGUGACCAGGAAAGAUAAAUUGAUCUAGACGGUGAGAAAGAAGGGAAGAAUGAAAGAGACGGGGGGUGAGAGAGUGACCGAGUGAAUGAGACACAGAGGAAAGGAGCAGGGUUUCGCGAGAAAUUUGACAAGAACCGGAAACAAAGAUCUUUCUAAGGAGAAACACGGAACAGGGUCGCGCUAGGUGAGCUUUAGAGGGUUCGAAGGGAUAUUCGCUCGACAACUUGGGUCUCGUAGGGCCCUGAGACAUAAUAUGCUAGCAUUAAAAACCACACUCGAUCGUUAUGAACAAAUAUCGCGCUGAGAAUUAAUUAGCUUCUGAGACUGACUUUCAAUCUGGCUCGUACAUCAAUGGAGAGUGAGACGAACACAUACCACACACACGUUACACAUAUUCACACUUGUACACGAGCGCGUACGCACAUUCGUAGACAUUUAACCUCAGUCCAUGGAGUCGGAACCACUGGGCUUGGACCCCGAACGGAAAGAUCUAAGACACUCGUGAUUCGACACACAGAUUACAAUAAGAUUCUCAAUGUUGUAACACUGUAACUCUAUGCUAUUAACUGAUUGUACGCAGUUGUAUUCCGUAAUAAGUUAAACGAAAAUUCGUGUAAAUGUGUAACAGAAGAGGAGAAACGAUCAAGAGACAGCUGGAAUAAAAAAGGAUAAGAGAAAGUAAUCGAAUCAAAUACAGUGACACGAGAGGAAGGAUGACUAAGUACUUCGCCUAGGACAAAUAGAAACAUCCUACACACGCGUAUCGUGUUUUACUAUUGUACAGUUAUACCAGUCGCACGUUGGCGGCGUGUCACUAUACUCAAAGUAAUAACGUCGUUUCUCUUCGGUCCGGUCGGUUCGGUGCCCCGAAGAGAAUUCUUCGAUGCCUCGGACCUAACCUGAUCUUACCAUGAUAAGAGAACCGUCUAACCUGCCUCAAGGCAGACACUGCCACACCGCAGAAUAGCGUGGAAGAAGAGGAUGAACACGAGAAACCAUCACCGCCAUCGCCCCGCCGACGUGCUUAGCCGCUUCAACUUCAAGGCGGCACGUGCUGUUCUUCAGAACUAGAGAAAUAUCCUUAAGAAACCUCGAACAUCAUCCCAGAGCGUUGCUGGAAGCCAUCAUCUUUGUCUGUCAUUAGUCCUGGACCUUCGGACGUACUGUUCCUUGGUCAUGGGUCCGCAAGUCGGGAUUUGGAAUUAUUCUGGGUCACAUAGUCUGAAAGAAGACAAUGGAGAUGAAAUAGUGACAAUUUGGACGGUUUAAAUUGAUCUCAACAAGGGAGAGUACUCCUGGCCAGCAACGCGUCCGGAUGAAGACACAUAUGUACAAAAACACAUCACCAUGGAACACCACCUGCACACACCUGUACUCCGCAUUGCUGUAACUCACUCUAUCGUUAUCGAGUGCUUUCAGACACGCCGUUUUUUGCUAUAGACGCCGAGAAAACGAAAGAUGAAUCGCCUAUUUGUUAUUAUACAUCUUGUAAAAGUAGAGGCCGUGCAUCGUCGAUCCGUGGCAGAUGUCCUUAUUGAAGCUCCACGGUUCGACGAUACUCAAUAUUGUUCGUUCGAACAGUAGCAUUCUUGAAAAGAAUUAACUUUUAAGCGUGAGGACAGCUUUGUUAAGUCUUUGAAUAAUUCCUUGUCGACUCGCUUUUAAGUGAACACCAUGCAAUGAUGUACACUUGUUGAGAAUACGGGGAUGUCCUAUGUAAAAAUUGUGUUCUCCCAUGCGGGACACGGUUUCUCUUUUUUUUUAUGUUUCGUAUUUUUGAAUGAUCGAGCUCUUUCCUUUCUUUCUAGAAAGUGUUUUCUACAAUGAACUUCCGUUGAACGAAGCUUCUUGUAACAUUGUUAAAAUUCUAUUACACGUUGUUUAUUCUGGA